UCUUUAAACAACAGUUGCGACACUUCGCCAAGCACAUCGCAUCUUCAUACAACAACAAAUGGCUAUCGAAACCACCGGGGCUCCCGCUGGGGCUCCCGCACCACAGGAGAAGGGGAAACAACAAGCUAAGCCCGCUGUCGCCAACACACCAGCUACUACCGGAGGAGACACCGCCGGCGAACAGAAGCUCACUCCCGCCCAGCUAAAAGCCAAGGCCAAGGCCGAGAAGGCAGCACGACGGGCAAAGGCAAAGGAAGUGAAGGAAGUCCCACCAGCGGCCGCAGUAGCAGAUGCAAAGGGGGGCAAGAGCGGCAAGGGCGGCAAGCAGGAGGGUAGUCAAUCCGCGGGGUCUCAGCAACAGGGUAAAUCUGUGCCCGGUCGCAGGCCGUCCGUGAACGGAAGGCGGCCUUCGGUUGCCAUCAUCAAGGAGGAUCCGAGGAGUAGCAUUCCCGAGUGCUUUAGCCAUGUGCCCAUGGCCAAGCGGAUACAGACGUCGCAGGCGCACAAGGACGUGCACCCUGCCGUGCUGGCGGUCGGCCAGCAGAUGGCUACUUUUGCGCUGAAGGAUAGCAUUGCCAGGCUGGAGGCGACCCUUUUGGCGUUCAAGAAGGUUAUUGAGUCGUACGAAACACCAAAGGGAAAUUCACUGUCACGCCACUUUGUCCCGCAUGUUUUGAACCCCCAGAUUGAGUAUCUGACCGAAUGCCGUCCCAUGUCCUUCUCCAUGGGUAACGCCAUCCGCUUCCUCAAGUCCCAAGUCAACAAGUUCGACAUCGACACCCCCGAGGACGAAGCAAAGGAGUCCCUCCUCGAGUUUAUCGACAUCUUUAUCAACGAGCGCAUCACCCUGGCCGAGGUGGUCAUCUCCAAAAACGCCGCCGAGCUCAUCGACGAGGACGGCGUCGUCCUCACGUACGGCCGCCACCGGCUGGUAGAGAAGACCAUUCUGCGGGCCAAGGCCAACGGGAAAAGCUUUGCCGUGUCCGUCAUUGAUGACCCGUACGACCAGGGCGGCAAGGAGCUCGCCAAGACGCUACAGCAGGCCGGCAUCCGCGUCUUCUACUCGCCCAACCUCGGCGGCGUGCGGGCGCACCUUGAGCGGGCGAGCAACGUGCUGCUCGGCACCGAGGCCAUCUUCGCUAACGGAUCUCUGCAUGCCCCCGCGGGAACGGCGGACGUCGCCAUGGCCGCUUCUGCCGCCAACGUCAAGGUGGUGGCCCUCUGCGAGACUAUCAACUUUGACCGCGAGCGUGUGUCGGUGGACUCGCUCACCUACAACGAGAUUGACCCCGAGCGAUGCUCGGCUGAGUCGUUCCGGCUGAUGUUUGAUAACACACACAGCAAGUACAUUGCGGGUGUCAUUACCGAGUUUGAGAGCGGUACAGAUUUCGCUCCGGCGCAGGCUAUUUUGACGCUGUUGAGGAAGCGGGAGGAUCCUACCAUUGCUUGAACGGCAGAGCAUAGGAAAGGGCGACGGUGAGAUGAAGGAGAUAGGCAGAAAACUGCAAGAGUUGUUAGCUGGUGGUGGCGCGCCAGCUAGGUCACAGAGCUAGAGUAGGUAAAUAGAGAUACCUGGAUCUUAAACGGGGCUUACAACACCACCGCAUAGUUUGCGGCGAAGCGAACCUGGGGCAAAUAACCGAGGAAGAAGAGGAAGGGAAAGGGAAAGGCAAAAACGGGAAGGGAGAUCAGAGCAUUGAAUUCAAAUGAGCUCGACUGUC